GGGGUCUCCUCGGAGACCGGCCCUGGCUCCGGCCCGAGCGGACGCUUGUGCUCCCGGGCCUAGGCGCCAGGAGGAGCGGGAGGAGUCCUCGCCGGCUACACCUUUCGUUUCUCGGGAGAAGGGGGGCGGGGCCGCCACCCCCAACCCUGCCGGAGAAAGGGGAGCUGGGCGGGAGCUGGGAGGCCCCCCCCGGGGGGGGGCGCUUGUCUGGCUGUGGCUCCCCGCCCUGCAGGAGGAGGGCGCUCCCCCCAGUCUCUCUUCCCGGGAGUCUCUCUUCCCGAGAGCUCGUUUGCAGAAGUCUGCGCAACCCCCGGGGAAGCGGGAGCCCCGCUCCCGGAGGCUUCCCGGUGUCCGCAGGGCGCAGUCAGAUUCUGUGGGGAGUGUUUGCAGCCAUGUCUCCAGGUGCCAUCUCCACUCUGCCCACUCUGCCGAAUGCCCUUUGACCCAAAGAAAGUGGAUAAAGCCUCCAAUGUGGAAAAGCAGCUGUCAUCUUACAAGGCUCCAUGCCGGGGCUGCAGCAAGAAGGUGACUCUUGCAAAGAUGAGAUCGCACACUUCUUCCUGUGUGAAGAUUCAAGAGCAGAUGGCCAGCUGUCCCAAGUUUGUCCCUGUAGUGCCGACGUCCCAGCCCAUUCCCUGCAACAUCCCAAACAGAUCCACCUUUGUCUGUCCAUACUGCGGAGCUCGAAAUCUGGACCAGCAGGAGCUGGUGAAGCACUGCAUGGAGAACCACCGCAGUGACCCCAACCGAGUGGUCUGUCCAAUCUGCUCCGCCAUGCCCUGGGGGGACCCCAGCUACAAGAGUGCCAACUUCCUGCAGCACCUCCUCCAUCGACACAAAUUCUCCUAUGACACCUUUGUGGACUACAACAUCGAUGAAGAAGCGGCGUUUCAGGCAGCCCUGACGCUGUCCCUCUCUGAGAACUGAAGGCGGCCCUGGCUGUCCCACGUGGAGGGACAAGAGGCUCGCUUGUUCCUCAGGCCUCCCCGCACCUUGAUUUGAAUUGCACCUUUUGUCACAAGGUGGAAAUGUAUUCCUUGCACUAGUUGAGCAGGCCGAGCCCAGGGGUCCGCCCUCAGCGCCCUCCCGGGAGGGGGGAAUUGAUGCACCUUUUAUUGUUCGAAGGUUCGGCCGGUGAGCUCUCUCUUAUGGCUAGAGUUGGUUUGGUGUUUGGAGACUCAGGCGAUGCCUAAAGAGCAGCUGAAUGGAGGGAGGGAUGUUUGACUCUGGCAAACAGAGCAUCCUGUUGUCUUCUUUUUUUCCUGAACACUGGUCUGGCUUUCAUGGUUCUAAAGACUAGAUGGAGAGCCCUGACUCUGUCAUUGCUGAUCCAGACAGGUUAGAUCCAUUUAAGGGGAGCAGAGAGGUGGGAGACCGGCAGAAGCCCUGCCCGGGAGGAAUGUUUUCCAAAGCUCCUUCCUAACAUCUAGCAUCCAGUAAAAUUUCCACCUUGCUCAUUUGGUACCAGCUUUUGUGAUACUUAGAGAUUCCGGCAUUUUUCUAUAUUAACCAGUGUGAUAAUCUUUUCACAUUUUAUAGAGUGAGAAAAAAGCAGUUACUCUUCAUAUUACAAUAUCUGUGUUUGACUAGGAACAAUAGUAUUUUUAUGGAACAUUUAAAAAUAUAUAUAUUUUUAAAAAAACAAAAUAAAAAAAUUAACCUAGUAUAGGAUCAGCAUAGCAGGGAUGAUAGGGAGCCUGGGUAAGCCAGAACCAAACAUGCUUGUGUGAUUUUUGAGAUGGCCAUGUUCAUUAGAUUAUUUCUAUAUUUUUAAAGGUUUUCGCUGUGUCUGUUUACCUUUUCCUUAUAAAAAGAGGCUCCCAGCUCCAUGUGCAAGCAGUGAUGCUACUGGGGUGUCAGGUACCAGGGCCUCAAUGGAUCUUCACAGCAGAGUUGCUCUCAGACUUAGGAGAAGACUAGACAAGAAGGGAAAAUAGAGGUAAAGAGGUGCCCCGGUCCCCUUUGAUCACCUUUCCAAAGAGAUGACUGGAAUUCUCAGGCAAAGGCUUGGGUGCAGCCUCACUGAAUGAAUGGGGUCUGUAGCCUCCCAAUGAGUCAAGGGAGCAGCUGUGAGAAGCCAUGGACCAUUUUUCCUAGCUGAUACCUGUGCUCAGCAUUGGGAUUUGGGAAGAAGUUCGUUAAGCUUUCUGGUUUGUUUACUGACGUAAAUUAUUGUUGUCUUUUUUUAAAAAAUGAAAUAAAAAGUUUCAGAGCAACUACA